UUAUCGGAUACUAAGAGUGUGGACAAAUCCUGGACUCUUUUACACUACAUUGUGGAAACCAUUGAGACUGGAUUUCCGGCUUUGUUGAAUUUUUAUGAAGAGUUAGGCGAUGUUGCCACUGCUGCUAAAGUUCCCAUGGAGACACUCACCUCUGAUGUAGCUGCCCUGGUUGCCGGAAUGGACCAAGCCGAUAGAGAAACGAUUGUGGCCGGUCCCGUGGGAACUCCUGAAAGACUCACGGAAUUCGUUACAACUAACAAAGCCCGUGUGGAUUCGAUUCAACAACAAGCAGAAAAAGCCAAAACACUGUUUGCACAAACAAUCGAGUGGUUUGGUGAGGCUCAAAACAAGCCGAGCCCGGAAGUUUUCUUCGGACUGAUCGCUCGUUUUGUCGAAAACUUCAAGAAAGCCGUAGCGGACAACGAGAAGCGUCGCCGAGCAGAUGCGUUACGAAUGCUGACCGCAGCCACUGAGGACACCUCAAGUUCCUCGACGUUGCCCAGCCUCCCUAAUGCUCCAAUAACGCGAAAGCCGAAGGACCGUCACUUGGCUCAUGAGGCACGGGUUGCGAAACGUCGCUUCAAAAAUCGUACUCGACAAAUCACUGGAGACGGGAUGAUGGAUGAAAUUCUGGCCGGUUUGGUUUCCCAACCACUACAAGCUGAGGUGCACCCUCGACGUAUCCGUGCAUCAGACGACGCGUAG